AUUAAUCAGAGACCGUACGCCGACAAAAAAUCGAGGGGCACAAACAUUGGAUCAGUAGGCCGGUGAGAGAGCUCCUUGCCAGCAGCAGCCCACUAAGCUCAGGAAGGAGGUACAUACGAAAGGCGCCAGCACGAUUGCCCUUCUACCUCGAGCAUCUCAAAAUCUUUCCUCGUUUCCUCAUCGAACGAUUGUCUCCAAACCCCAUCGCGCUCUGCAACAACGAUGGCCUCCAUGUUCGAGCAGCCCCGCAACGGCACCCUUUUCUUGGGCGGCCAGAAGAUUUCGGGAUCCGACAUUCGUGACCAGAACGUGCUGGCCACGCAAGCGAUCGCAAAUGUCGUCAAGAGCUCUUUCGGCCCUAGCGGGCUUGACAAGAUGAUGGUCGAUGAUAUCGGUGAUGUUACCGUGACGAACGACGGCGCGACAAUUCUCAGCCUCCUCGAUGUCGACGACCCUGCGGGCAAAAUCCUGGUCGACCUGGCACAACAGCAAGACAAGGAAGUCGGCGACGGCACCACCUCUGUCGUCCUCAUCGCCGCAGAGCUCCUCCGCCGAGGCAACGAGUUGAUGAAGAACAGGAUACACCCGACCACCAUCAUCACGGGGUAUCGUCUUGCCCUCCGCGAAGCUAUCAAGUACUUGAGCGAGAACGUGAGCAUCAAGGUCGAGAACCUUGGCCGCGAGUCCCUCAUCAACAUUGCCAAGACUUCCAUGUCGAGCAAAAUCAUCGGCGCCGACUCCGACUUCUUCGCCGAGAUGGUUGUGGAUGCCAUGCAGGCUGUCAAGUCGACCAACAACCGCAACGAGACCAAGUACCCGGUGAAGGCGGUCAACAUCCUCAAGGCCCACGGAAAGGGUGUCCGAGAGUCGAUGCUCGUCAAGGGCUACGCUCUGAACUGCACAGUUGCGUCGCAGGCCAUGCCUACGCGCAUCCAGGAUGCCAAGAUUGCCAUCCUCGACAUGAACCUACAGAAGGAGAAGAUGAAGCUCGGUGUGCACGUUACCGUGGACGACCCGCAACAGCUGGAGCAGAUCCGUGCUCGCGAGUCCGGCAUGAUGCUGGAGAGGAUCGAGUUGAUGUUCAAGGCUGGUGCCAACGUUGUCUUGACCACCAAGGGCAUUGACGACAUGUGCAUGAAGAUGUUCGUCGAGCGUGGAGCCAUGGGUGUCAGGCGAUGCAAGAAGGAAGAUCUCAGGAGAAUCGCCAGGGCGACCGGUGCAACUCUGCUGAGCACAUUUUCAGACCUGAACGGCGACGAAAAGUUCGACCCGUCCUACCUGGGUCACGCUGAGGAGGUUGUCCAGGAGCGUAUCUCGGAUGAUGAGUGCAUCCUCGUCAAGGGUACCAAGUCUCACUCUUCGGCUUCGAUCAUUCUGCGUGGACCCAACGACUUCUCGCUCGACGAGAUGGAGCGCUCUGUUCACGACUCGCUGUGUGCCGUCAAGCGUACGUUGGAGAGCGGUAGCAUUGUGCCCGGUGGAGGUGCUGUUGAGACGGCGCUUCACAUUUACCUCGAGGAGUUUGCUGGCACAGUUGGGUCCCGUGAACAACUUGCCAUUGGCGAGUUCGCCCAGUCCCUCCUGGUCAUUCCCAAGACCCUGGCCGUCAACGCCGCCAAGGACGCCGCUGAGCUCGUGGCUCAGCUGCGCUCGCGGCACGCCCUGAGCCAGCGCAUCCAAGAAGGUGACGGGAGCGAGGACGAGAAGACGCUCGCCCGCAAGAAGGGGUACCGCAACUACGGUCUGGACUUGGCAAAGGGCAAGGUGGUGGACGAGCUCAAGCUUGGUGUGCUGGAGCCCAGCAUGAGCAAGGUGCGGCAGCUCAAGAGCGCCGUCGAGGCUUGCAUCAGCAUCAUGCGCAUUGACACCCUGAUCAAGCUGGAUCCGGAGCAACCGCAGGAUGAUGGACACGGCCACUAGAGGCGUAAUGUAGAAUCACAAGCAGAGAAGAAAAAAGAGAUGCCCGGUCACAACGACCAGAGAUGAAUCACAGACCUCUCCUCGCCGCAUUCUUCAUGCCCACGUGUUCUUGGUGCUGCCGAGUUGUAACAAAAGGAACUUUCUGGAUUUUGUAUUGUCUUAUACAUUGAUCCUCCGCCGGCGCGUCUAGAAAGCAAAGAGAGCAGGCCUCCGUAAUCCCAGGCUCCCCCCUUCUCUUCUCUCUUCCUCUGCCUCAGCUGCGUCUACCGCCACACAAUCUACUCUCUCGAUCGGUCCCGCUAUCCAAUACUCGUACACAACAGGAUUAUAGUUGUUCUUGUUGUCAUUGUCGCUCGCUUAACCGAUGACCAGCUUGCCAUCCUCGGGGAAGUCGUAUGCGGGAACCUCGAGGUUGA